CGUCCAAAUCCAAUUGCCUUCGGAGCUCGAACAGCUCUGUUCUGACUCGCUCUGCAGUAGAAAGGAUUUCUUUUCUACUGCUGCCGAGCGCUUGCGGGCUCGAGGGCUAGAAGGCUUGAGGCACCACCGAGUCAUUCACUCUUUUACUCAUCCAUUCAUUCAUUCAUUCAUUCGGUCUCCCUCUCUGGCCUGUCGAGACUUUUGGGUCUUCCGGUCUUCCAUAUCUAUCUGUCCGCCGAUCUCGUGGAAAGAAGAGAAUCUCUCGUAUGUGAAGAGUCCCAUUCCACACGAGACAUAUAUGAUCAUGGAGUAUCGAAUAUGUGUCAUAGGUGGGGAAGCUAUCAUCAUCAUCCACUCUCAGUAUUCCCAGAGUGUGGACUAGACUAGCUAUGCGCGGGAUAAUGAAAAUAUUUGGCGAACAUUCUUGCUGCCGAGGAAAUGUAACGAACGAUCCACGUCCUCGCGCGACAUGCGCACAAAAUGUAGCGCGGUUCGAACGGCGUUGCAGUCGAGCAUACAUCGUUGGGACGCGCCGAUUGUCACGGCACGUAGUAACGACCAUGGGACCACGGACGGCGAGAACCGCGCUCCCGACGGCGAGAACGUCGGGAGCGCGGUCGGUCGACGGCGCGUCUGGGCGCGACCAUGGAUUUCACGCGGGGCAUGCAGCAAACACUAAAUUAUGUGGAGGCGGAUAGGGAUUCCCCACCACGGGCGGAGGCCGGCUCUCGUCGUGGUCGAGGGAAGGUCGAGGCUCGCGCGCAGAAGAAAAGAGGCUACAAAAGAAAACGGCCCAUGCUCGAAUGGGUGGCGAGACAUGGCGAGGGAUUUGAGGGUGCCGUUUGAUGUCUUCCACACAGGACACUGCUGUACUCUAACGAACGCACGGACCAGUCGUAUGAUGUCAUUUGUCCCGUUUUACUACACAACCGUGGCUAGGGUUACUUAUGUUCAGGAAUCGUUGCAUGAAGAGCAGUCUUCUGUAAAGAUUGAACUUUAGCACUGGAAUCGACCACGCUUGUUUUGGGUCUGGACUGGAAACGAGAGUUUGCAUUUGUUUACACGUAUAUUGCCGAGCACGGUAAUGUAUCCAAUAACUGUAUCAUAAUUUUCGUAUUGGUAGGGGGUACCUCACUGCAUGACGGAAAUAUCUGGAUAUUUCGAGAUGGGAACUUGUCAACUUCUAUUUGUCUGCUUGCAACAUUGACAGUACUGUCUUAAGACACUGAAGAAACUCUGAACAAAUAUUUUUGUCAGAAGCAUAUCAUGCAGUCUUGUAAUGGUUACCAAAAAGAAGGACAAGAGAACUCCUCGGGAGAAAUUCAGCACUGCACUAACCACUACAUGUCAUUUUCGUCAUGACGUGUCUCGAGAAGAUUACAACUAAACUGGGAGUUGCAGCCUCCCAGAUAAUUUGCAGGUCCAGAUUAAUUGGUGAUGGAACAGGAUGUGGCUUGAAUCUGCAUCUGAAGCUUCCAAUCUGAAAAGGUUUGGCCUCACACUGCACAAUGCCCUCACUUGUUUAUGAGUUGAGUAAGACAGCUCUUCACUGAUCACCGUUCACUGUCAGAGCAGAAAGAAAGAAAAGUCUACGAAGUCGAAAACACGGUGCUGGAUUAAGCACCACAGUUUUCGAUCAGCCUUAUGCUGUACAGUGCAACUUCACUAUCCACCACAGCCAUAUCAGAUUUCGGGAGCAUGCUUCAGCGGCCGCUGCUUCUGCCGAGCCAUGGAGCCAUGGAGCCAUGGAUGCUCCAAGAGUUUGGGCGAUAUGCUCUGGGCUGGACUUGCCCAUUCACAUCACCUCGAAGCAGCAGUAGAGCCCUUUUUAGCUCGGUGGUGACUCUAGUGAUCAAGUUGAUCCGUAGAUCGGGCGAGCGCUAGCCAUGAAAGCUGCCAGACAAAUAAUUCAGGGUGCUAGUGUAGACUUUUAUCCAGCACGACCACCCGACUAGCCCCAUGGAGUUAGGUAGACCUGCAUCGAGAACAGCAGGAGCCCUGCCUCGUGCUACGCUACCGCCUGCCCGGCCUAGGUUCGGCUCGAUUCUCUCGUCUCGACCCGAUGCCCCCCCCACUCUCCACCCCUCGUAGGCCCCCUAGCCCCCCUCGCCCCCCUCGGCCCUCGGGCGUGUGUGGUGAUGGAAACGCAUUGCAGUCGGCGUUGAAGCUGUGCUCCCCCUACUGUCCCGUACCCAUCCACCCCCCACACUCUAUGCCAAGACAGCUCGAUGUGUCAACCGCUAACUGUCAAACCCUAGCACAAGCUCUCGGGUGUGGACUUGUGCGCUUCGAGAUGGAAGCGGAACUGGAAACACCUUCCAUCCAUCCAGCCAUGGGUAGCGCCAACAUUUGCACAUAUGUCUUGACUCUAGGCUCCAGAAGCUGGAGCUGGAGCUGGAGGCGGAUCGGAUCGGCUGAACCAACCUCCUGGCGAUGCGAAAAAAAUAGAUUACUUUAGCAAACAAUAGUCGAGGCAUGUUGCGUUGGAGAUAAGCCAUGCAAUGCAUGUUCGUGCGCUUUUCGAGCUCGGUGAUAUGCUCAAGUUGACCCGUACAUGCAGCGAGCAAGAACUAGCCAUCAAGACUGCCAGACAAACGAUCCAGGUUGCCAUUGCCGAGCUUUAUCGACGUAGUGCAGUUGGGUGCAUUUGUAGACAGGGGGCUGGCCGCUCGCGGAUUGGAUCGGCUAGGCUGAGCCUGGCUUCUCUCCCCUCGCACCUCUGGCCUCCCGAAAUGCUGCCUGCUCCUUUCGGUGUGUGUUCGUGUUUCUGUGCGCGUGUGCGCUGCGGUGCGAGCGAUUGUGUGUGCGCGUAUGUGUGUGUGGUGCUCGUGAACGACCAGCUCUGCUUGCAGUCGGCGUUGCAGGGCAAGGCACUCCCUCAUUCGUCGACACUUUCAUUUCCAUAUUUCCUCCGACUUUUUCCCUUCCGCGCUCGACUUCCUUCCCUUCCAUGUCGAGAUAAGACACAGCGCUAUGCUGCCUGCCUACAUGCUUUCCGAUCCAAGCGUCUGCAGGUUAGUCUUGUGCUUUUGAAUGUGCAUGCACUCCGCCAAGGGAUGUGGAGAAAGCUGACGCUUUCGCACGCUGCCACCCGCUAACAGCACAAUUAGCGCAAAUCGAGCAGGCUUACGGUCAUGGCGAUGCUGCUCACCUGCUGCCCUACAAUUCCGUGGUCGGAUUUUCUCAUCAUGACGACACACUUUAGCCAUUCGGAUAUGUGCGCGAGUCGGUCCGUACCGGGAAAGAGAGAGAGUAGUCACGAACCCUACGAGGCAAAAAAUCCAGGUUGCUCUUGUAGACCCGCGGGGCGCUCGGCCUAGCGCACACACAUAGCGCAGUUAGGUGAACCUGUCGAUAAUGAUGAACCUGUUGACUCGUAUCGCCUCGCAUUUGGCUUUACUCGCGGGGGACCGCCUGCGCUUUCUCUCUUUCUCGUCUCGUUGGUGGGGCAUGCGUGAAUUUCGAGCCUGCAGGCCGCCGUGCAGCACUUUCAGCUAUCGGUGCCUUCUCUCGUUCCAAUCUCGGUCAAACAUGGCCUCAGACCGAUCAGCCUCCAAAAUCAGGUCGCGAUCGGGCAGAGGCUAUUCCGCCGAGCUUCGUUCCUCGACGGCUUAUCGCAAUUUCGGGAUCAGCUUCGGAUCCGAGGAAAACCUCGAUCGAUUAAGCGCCACGGAUUGGCAUGAUCGCGGUGCGGUGCGGUGGGGUGACAGGGGUGCAGCAUCAGCUCGUUCGCAGCUGGAACCUCAGGAAUUCACCUACCGAUUCUCCAGCAUCUCCGUACGUCGGUCUAGCUCGAGCUGAGAUCCGUCAUCAUCGCGCAAAACAAUCAAUUCAGGUCGUUAAAUGAGACCUUUUAUGUUAGCCAGGGAGUAGCGCUGUUGAGAGCGGGCUCCAUGGCUUUUCCUUUUCGCUCUGCGAUCACAGAUGGUGAGUGAAGCUCGACUUUCGGUUUUCAUGCCUCGUGGACGUGGACAUAAUGGCCACUGCCAGCACCGGCACCAGUGACGCUUAAGUGAGCGUCGAAAUCGAGCGCGGGGGCUCAGAUUCUCGAGGCUCGACGUUCGUUAUAUCUCCGGCUACUUUGCGUUUAUGAGCAGAAGCCGCUGGGUGCCAUAUCUUUUCGCUCUACUUUUGCUCUGCUCUCGAGUACCCGCCACAACGAUCGCGGUAGACUUGGGCAUGGCAGCCUUUGGUGCCUCAGUAUGAGCAGCACCGUGGGAAGUCGCCUAAAACUGAGCUCGCCUUUGUUGUGGCUCCAAUGCUGCACAAAGUCGGUAAUCUGCCAAGGCUGAGGUCAGGUGUGCGGCGCAUCUCGCUCCACAGUCCAGGGAGAAGAGAAUAUCCGCCCACUCACCGAACUCUUCAGAAAAGGUGCGUCGAUUCUAACUACAUAACAGCUUCUAUGGGCUGAUGUCACUUUUCUCACAUUUCUUGGUCGCCAGUACUUGCAGGAAGGUUCAGCUUUUCUCCAUUUGAAUCAGCUACGCUAUGUCUGUACAGAAGCUGCCAGACUCCCUCGAUCCCCGGAACGCAGGAAAAAUCAAUCGGCUCCUUCUAAGAUGUGAAAGGCAGAUGUUGUUUCAGGACCCAUUGGACUCAUAAAGUCUUCUUCUCAGACACACUCAGCAUAGCAUCUCAUUGCCUCCAUAAAGUCCACCAUAUAUGACUAAAUCUGUUCUCUCUCUCCCUCUCUGUCUCUGAGCACUGGAAUUCAUCACCCUAAUCUGUGUGCCUUAAGAAGAGCGAUAUGAUGAAGCGUGUCAAUGUGUAGCAAAGAUUUAUAAUUGUCAAGAGCGUGGAGGCUUGUGAUGAUAUCUACGAGCCAAGAAGCAAAAGUCAAGAGAGGCAAUUUGUUUCUUAAAAGAUGUUUCCACAGGUGUUCAUUAACCACUCUUCUGCUUACUUCAUGUCUGCAUCUUACUAAAUGUAUGCAAGUAGCUAAUGGUUAUAACGUGUGAAUUUGCGUUCAUCGUCGAUGGUGACCAGUAAUCCUAAACUCUUCAAUUAUUAAAAGAGGGUUCACGGUUUAUAAUAACCUG